CGUUGGGCCGAUGAAUGGACGAGUAUACGAAGACGCGAGAUUCCGGAGAUUUCUCAGCUCCUUGUCGACCUCCUCAUCGGGAAUCGAGUUCGCCGGGACGAAUGGCAAAUACAAUUCGAGAGUUUUCUCUCUUCACGCGACGCGGAACGAGAAAGUGAGUGAGUACACAACCACCAGUUUCGGGCGCCACGCUUUCGCGACAACUUUCCGUCCCCGAGACGGCUCUCCUCGGGGUAACGACGCCCGCGAACCGAUUCGGCGAUGCUCGAGCCCGAUCCGAGGAAGAGAGGUGAGAGGUCUCUCACCUGGUGAAGCGCGACGGAGUUAGCGGAGCCAGGAACCGAGCCGAUUCUCCUCAGCAUGCAGGGCGACGACAUCCGGUUUCAACCGCCACUUCCGGUCGGCGUGACCAAGGCGCGAAACUCCACGUCGCGAGAAAAGAAGUCGCCCGAAGAGCCAUCUGUCAUCUGUCAUCCCGAAACGUCAAAAAUGCCCGCACUUCCGGUUUCAACCGGAAGUGCCGAAAUUCUACCGCAAAUUUUUAAAACCAUUUUUUGUUUAGUGCGUCACGUGGCCGCUAGAGCGCGCGAAUUCUCGAAUUUUUCUCGCUGACGCCUGACUGUGAUUUUGAUUAUAUUUAUAUGACAAAUAUAGGAUUUUUAAUAAUUCAUCGCGUUGCCGUGGAGAAAUGAAACUUAUAACCUAACCUGAAUUAUUUACAGCCGGGUGCCCACGGUCGGCUCGUCAAAUCCGAGGGUAUAAAAAUAGGCAACGCGAUGUUUCUUUUUACAUCUCAUUCUGAAGAACAAAAAAUUUCAGAAUUUUUGUGCACAUGUGACUUUACGACGUGAAUUGUCGCUUCGAAUAUACGUAUUUUGUCGACAAGUAUAAAUUUUUAAUCUCGAAGAUAUUCAACUUUACAAACGUUUUUUUUUAAUCAAUAAUUCCAGAUACAAUAAUAAUAAUUAUUGUCACAAAACAGGAAGACUAAUUUAAUAUCUUCAAGUAUCUAAAAAAUUUAGAUAUUCUCCAUUGUUAAACGAGGAAGAGAAGUAACGAAAGAUUGUAUAUAUUGCUGCACGUUAUGGCAGAGGAAGAAAAAGGAACUGCAGUAACACAUAUGCCACAUCAUGUGCAGCAAAAAUUGUGUCAAACCCGACCACCUUACAGACAAGGAAAAAAAUUGACAGCAGUCAAGGUUUAUACAAUUAAUGAUGAAUCACAGCAUUUGCUAAUAUGUGGAGUGCCAAAAAUACAAUUAGGGGUAGAAAUGGGAAAGCUUGUUUAUCCUUAUGGAGAUGUAAAAGCAAUUCAGUUGGUAACUGAAUAUCCCUCGGAGGAAUUUACAGAAACAUAUUAUGUACAUUUCGCACGUAUUCAAAGCGCAAGGGUAGCAAAACGAAUGAUUGAUAAUAAAAAUUUCUUUGGAGGGGUCUUGCAUGUUUUUUAUGUUCCUGAACUAGAAACUUUGGCAGAAACAAGAGCAAAACUAAUACAACGCCGUAAAGAUGUAGCAAUACAGAUAAAAAGAAAUCAGCAGGAUUUAGCAAACCCAGGAAAAUUCGUUGCAAAAGAACAGUAUCAUAGACGGAAGAAAAAUCCUGCUUUACCCCUCACUGAAGAACGACUCAAACACUGUUAUCCUGGAGAAACCUUAUCAUCUAUUUGUAAUGGAAUACCUCAGGAUAUAGAUCCACGACCUGUGUCUGAACCUCGUUUACCAAUAAACUGGAACUAUGAUAACAACAUUGCAUCUGGAUCAGAAUUAUUAUCAGCACCGUAUCAACCAACUGAAGCAGUGAUACAGGCAGGAAGUCAGCAGCAAAACACGAAUCGAAAAUUAAACUUACAAAAGAGGAAGAAUUACAAAGGCCAAUAUAUCGAUAAUGUAAAAGUUAAAAUUACUCGUCCACGGUUAAUAGAUACCAGAAGUAUCGUGAAAUCAAGUUCCAGUGAGAAAACAAAUGUAUUUUGUAACGUAAAGAAAGUAGAGAACAAAAUUACUGUGAAGUUACUGGAAAAACCUGAUACUGCAAAGAAGAUAGUUAUAAAAGAUCCAAAUGUAACGCAUUUAAUAGAAUCCAGCAAAGAUCUUCAAAAUUCAAUUCAAGCAGCAAAAUCUCAAAUUCGUACAGCGAUGCAGAAACAUGAUACUUAAAUGAACACUUAAAUAUGUUUUAAAAACUGAAUUAUUAAUAAAUAUAUAUUUGAUAGAU